UACACUACUGUAGGAAGUAGAACAAGUGCACUUCCGGGACACAAGAAGAGAAAAUGGCUGCUUCUGCGUUGGGAUGUGAGCAUUAUAUACGCAGCUGUUUACUAAAAGCUCCUUGCUGCAGUAAAUUGUAUGUCUGUCGUCUUUGUCACGAUGCUAAAGAAAAUCAUCAGAUGGAUCGUUUUAAGGUGAAGGAAGUAGAAUGCUCCAUAUGCAACAAGGCCCAGAAGGCACAACAGACUUGUGAAGGCUGCAAAAUAAAGUUUGGUGAAUAUUAUUGUGAUAUAUGCCACCUUUUUGACAAAGACAAAAAGCAAUAUCACUGUGAACAGUGUGGAAUUUGUAGGAUUGGCCCCAAAGAAAAGUACUUUCACUGUGUGAAGUGUAAUUUGUGCUUAGCCAGUGAUCUACAAGGAAACCAUAAGUGUGUUGAAAAUGUGUCCCGGCAAAACUGCCCUGUUUGUAUGGAGGAUAUUCACACAUCACGGAUAGGUGCACAGGUUUUACCCUGUGGUCACCUUCUUCACAAAACAUGUUUUAAAGAAAUGUGUAAGACGGGAGCAUAUAGAUGUCCUCUGUGUAUGCAUUCAGCUUGGGACAUGGCAUCUGACUGGGAGGAACUGGACAAAGAAAUAUCCCUGACUCCGAUGCCAGCUGAAUAUCAAAAUUCAACUGUAAAGAUUCUGUGUAAUGACUGCCAGACACAUUGCACUGUACAGUUCCAUGUGCUGGGAAUGAAGUGUAGUGGUUGUGGAUCCUAUAAUACAGCUCAGGAUGGAGGAUUGAUUAAUCAAGAGCCACAAGAAUGAUGAAAACAUGUUAAAUUGUAUGUUUUUUUUUUUCUUUUUCCAACAGCAAUCACAUUUAAAAAUAAAAAUAUAGUUAGCUAAUCAGAAUUGCAAUGCCUUGCCAAAAAAUAAAACCAUAUUAAUAAUGUGUUAUAUCUGCAGUAAGGAAAAGUUAAAAUGUGUAUCUGCCAUACUAGAAAUACUGAUCAUCACUUGUAUUCAGAAAAAGGCUCAACUACCACUUAUGUUUUGUCAUCUUGAUACAUGUGUGCAAAUACCUGGCAACAGGUAUGUAAUGAAGGUAGCUUUAUUUAGUUGAUAAGAACAUUAAAACAGGCUUUUGACAUUA